UCAAGUCCAAGAUCAGCAGCAUGAUCUCUGACCUCGAUCAGGAACUCGGCGAGAUGGGCUCCCCCACGGAGCAAAUGUCGCCCCACGGGAAAUGGGCGGCUGCCUGCUGAACCUGCUGUCGCACUUCUCCAGCAACUUCACCAACUCGCUGGACGGACGCAACCACCAGCUCGUGGAAAUGGACGAGCUCUACGGCGGCGCGCGCAUCAACUACAUCUUCAACGAGAUCUUUUCCAAGUCACUUCGUGAGGUCAACCCAUUUGAUGGACUCAGCGACGAGGACAUCCGCACCACGAUUCGCAACGCCAACGGCCCGCGCCAGUCGCUGUUCGUUCCGGAAGUAUCGUUCGAGCUGCUCGCCAAGCGCCAGAUCAGCAGGUUGGAGCAGCCCGGCCUGCAGUGUGUAGACCUUGUCUUUGACGAGCUGCAGCGCGUGACGUCGCAGUGCGAGACGAUCGAGCUCACGCGCUUCCCCGAGCUGCGCGACCGCGUCAUGGAAGUGGUCAACGGCAUGCUCCGUGCUUCGUUGGUGCCGACGCAAGCUAUGAUUCAGAACCUUAUUCAGAUUGAGUUGGCUUACGUGAACACAAACCACCCGGACUUCAUUGGCGGUAGUCGCGCGGUUGCACAGCUGAUGGAGAAGAUGCAGCGCGAGACGAUGGCGUCCGCGGGAGCCCCUACCAACCAAAUGAUUAACCAGGACCCGCGCCGCGCCGGACAGCCAGUAAAGCAAAGCGCCGCUCCAGCUGGACACGCUGGCGCCGCUGAGGAGAAGCAGGAAGGCAACGGCCUGCUGUCGUUCUUUGGUGGCGGUCGCAAGAAAAGCGGCGCGGAUGGCGUCACGAGCUCAAAGCCUGCAGUCGUCAAGCUUCCUCAGGUACCAGUGAGCAUGCGGCAGGGCGAUGACCCGACGGACCGGGAACGCAUCGAGACGGAAAUUAUCAAGAGUCUACUCGCGUCUUACUUCGAUAUCGUGCGGAAAAACUUCCUGGAUCUGGUGCCCAAGGCCAUUAUGUGCUUCAUGGUGGGGCACUCGAAGGAGAAUAUUCAGAACGAGCUCGUGUCAUCCCUAUACCGCGAGGACAAGCUCUCGGAGCUGUUGGCCGAGACGGGCGACAUUGCUGCCCGACGCUCGAACUGCGACGAGAUGCGAACACUACUCCAGCGCGCCCUAGAAAUUGUGAACGAGGUUCGCGACUUCAAUACGUUUAAGUGAAGCGGUCAGUGGCUGCAAGUAAUCAAGGCUCCAAGAGAGUAGAAGGUAGGUAGAGUGCGGUGGUUCAAGAAGUAGCUCCAUUUCGCGUGGCAUCAUCUCUCAAAAACACUUUCCGUUUGCCUUAU